CAGCACGCCGCUGACGUAAACUGUCGAUGAGGAGAAGAAAAAAAAAGUGACGCCGACCCACACAAGCCGCAGCCGAGACGGGGGAAUAGCGUUUUGUUUCUUUUUUUUUCCUUUAAGUUGUGUCCUUUUAUUAUUUGGUCGUAUUUUGUUAUUAUUUUGGCAGUGUCCCCGUAAACAAUUCGACCGCCUCGCUCCGCGGUGCUUUUCUAUCCAUCGUUUACCGUUCACGCCGCUCCCCCCUCACGCGGCGCUAUUUUGACAGUCGGGGUCGCCGUGAACCGACUCAAGCUAGCAGCUCCAUUAUCUUAGCAUUGACGCCAACCUAAAGGAUUCUCCACGCGGACUCGCAGCACACGGCCAGCAAAACGGGCUCCUGACCGGAGGACAGACCAUGCUGCUGCACUGAGCCGGAGGGAGAGAGAAGAGCGAGGCCCUCGGAGGACGGCUGAGGUGAGGUGGUGGCUGGCCUGUUGGUGUGCCCCGCCCCCUUAUCCGGCUGGCUGGCUGCUGCCUCUUCAGUUCACCUGAUCGCUCCCCACCCCGAAGGCUAAAAGCGUGCUAUGGACUGCGCUUCGCCCCCUGCUGCAGCCCACCACAGUAUACUACCUUAGUGGGUUCCCCUCAUCAUCCUCUGCGUGGUUCCCAUCCAGACUCACUGUACAGAGUCUUAAAAAGAUCCUAUACCACCUACAGCCACUGCUGGGUUGUCAACCCCUCCCCAACUCCCUCCCCCUCCCCUAAGAAGAUGUCAGUGAGCCUGGCAACAGACAUCCAGCAGGAGGGAGAGAAUGGGCCCCUCAUUGAGCCCUGCAGUCGAGGCAAGACCUCCCCUCAACCACAGUGCACCAAGGAGGGCACGGGAGAGGCAGUGGAGCCCGAGGACAGCUCCCCACAGGAUGCACAGAAACGGGCUCCUAAUCACAGCCAUGGGAGGAAAAGGGCCAAGUCUAAUGCCAAACUGAAGCUGGUACGGAGUCUGGCAGUGUGCGAGGAGUCCUCUGGUCCGUUCUCCAAUGAUGGACCUCCAGAAUCGGAUAUCAUCCAGCUUCACAUCAGCUGUCCAUCAGACAAGGAAGAAGAGAAGUCCUCAAAGGACGAGUAUGAAAAUGAAGAGAAGGAAAAGAAGGACAAGGCACCAAGAAAGAUGUUGUCACGUGACUCCAGCCAGGAAUACACUGACUCCACGGGCAUCGACGUUCACGAGUUUCUGGUCAACACACUGAAAAACAAUCCCAGGGAUCGAAUGAUGCUGCUCAAACUAGAACAAGAUAUCCUGGAGUUCAUUAAUGACGACAAUAACCAGUAUAAGAAGUUUCCGCAGAUGACGUCUUAUCACCGAAUGCUGCUGCAUCGUGUGGCAGCCUACUUUGGCAUGGACCACAAUGUGGAUCAGACGGGCAAGGCUGUCAUCAUCAACAAGACGGGAAACACACGCAUCCCAGAACAAAGGUUCUCUGAACACAUCAAGGAUGAACGUAAUAUGGACUUCCAGAAGAAAUUCAUCCUUAAGAGAGACGACGCCAGCAUGGACAAGGACGAUAAUCAGAUCCGGGUUCCACUGCAGGAUGGCCGACGUAGCAAGUCCAUUGAGGAGCGGGAGGAAGAGUAUCAGCGAGUACGAGACCGGAUCUUUGCCCGAGAAGUGUCCUUUUUCUUACAGUCCUCUCAAAAUGGAUACAUCAACGACAACAGACUUUCCACUGAGGGCUACUGCUCUAGCUCUCAAAAGAGGAGGCAGAUCUUUAGAGGGAACCGCGAGAGCUCCAGCCGGGCUUCUAGCAGUCGUCAAAGCAGCACAGACAGUGACAUGAAGUGUCUGGAGCCACGACCCUGGAGCAGCACAGACUCUGACAGCUCCAACCGUACCCUCCGGCCGCCCGUCACUAAGGCCAGCAGCUUCUCUGGCAUCUCCAUCCUUACCAGAGGGGAUAGCCUCGGCAGCAACAAAGGCUCACAGGGAAGCUGCAAAGGCUCUCGCUCUGGCCUGGCCCUUAUCAGUCCUGAUGUGUGUCCCCCACCUGCAGCCUCCCAGUCGAGCCGAAGCCUUCUCCCCUGCCCGUCGCAACAGCCACAGCCCCAGGUCCCGCCUCAGACCGCCCUGCUGCCCACUCCACAGCAACACCCCAUGGGAAACCACAUGAUCGCUCAGCCUGUAGCAUCUCUGCAGCCCUCUCAGCCUGUCUCCUACUCCAGCCCUUCCUGCCCUCAGGUCCUCCUGCCAGUUUCUCCUCCUCAGCAGUACACAAUGGGAGAAGAGCUCGCCCCCCAAUUCACCCAGAUGACGCUGAGUCGGCAGGGCUCCAGUGAGAACCCUGAGCCGCCAGCCAUGUAUCAGGCUCCUCCCACAGUGCUGACCCAGCACCCCCCUCCCCAGACCGGAUACAUCAUGGCUACCACAGGUCAGCCUAUGCCUCCUCCGUCUGGUUACCAGCCUGCCACUGGACACGCCCAUCCUCCACCUCCACCGCCUCCUCCGUCCCAGCCUGUCAUGCAGGCCCCACCACCCCCACAAGGCUACAUGCAGCCCCCUCCACCUCAACAGAUACAGGUGUCCUACUAUCCUCCGGGUCAGUAUCCCAGCUCCAGCCAGCAGUACCGAGUCUCCCAGCCCAUGUCCCACCAGGUGUCUUAUCCUGCCCAGCGCACGCAACCCAUGCCUCAGCCCACACAGCAGUCAGGUCUCCAGACGAUGAUGCCCGGCCAGCAGCCGAGCUACCAGGGUAUGAUCGGUGUGCAGCAGCCCCAAAACCCUGGUCUGCUAAAUUCCCAGAGGGCAGGCAUGGGAGGACAAAUGCAAAGCAUAAUGGUCCAGUACCCACAGAUGCCAUCUUAUCAGGUUCCGGUGGGAAAUGAGAAUCAGCAGGUGGUGCAGCAGCAGUACCAGCAGCAGGUGAUGGUUCCAGUCAGCCAGUCUGUUCAGGGGCCCAUGCCUGUCUUCUACGGCGUUAUCACACCCACACAGCAGAAUAGCACAAGCCCGUCUGUAGGUUACCUGCAGCCCCCCAACUCUGAGCAGUAUCAGAUCACACAGUCACCGUCCCCCUGCAACCCUCAACAGUUGCAGCAGCAAUAUUCAGGAGUACCGCCGCCUGGGCCCGGGGUGAUGGUCAUGCAGCUCAGCGUCCCCAAUGGACCACAGCCUUCCCAGAACCCUCCUCUGGUCCAGUGGAACCCAUGCAAGUACUACAGCAUAGAGCAGAGGUCCAGCAAGCCCGGAGAGCUGUACAAACCGGACAACACUCCACAGGUUAGCACUCAGUUGACGAGUCCCCUGGCCUCCCCCACUCAGUCUCCCACCCCAUCUCCCUCCGGCAGCAGCGUCAGCAGCGUCUGUCCAGGCCUGGGACCAUUACCCCUCAUUUCCCAGUUUCCCCGGCCAGGAGGACCCGCUCAAGGUGAUGGCCGCUACUCUCUGUUGGGGCAGCCUCUCCAGUACAGCCUGUGUCCUCCCCCCCUAAUGCAUAGCCAGUCCUCCUACAGCUCCCAUCAGGGCCCUGGAGUCAUGAAACACGGGGCACGCGGUAAAAAACAAACACUCAAAUCGGCAUCGACGGAUCUCGGCACAACUGAUUUUGGUAAGUAGAAUAUCUUCUGCCACUGUUAUCCCGUUCUGUCCGCAGGUCUAGUUUCACUCGGUGUAUAUCUUGCCUUCUUUGAACGUUGCUCAGGUGAAUCUGAGAAAAAGCACAUACCGGAGGCUACGUGUGUUUGUGUGUGGAUGGAUUAUAUCAGCCCUAUUGCAGAUUUUCCUGUAUUGCUCUGUUAAAUGAACCUCAGCAGUGCAUUGAAGUCUAGUUCAGAUCCCGCGAUCAGUGCAAACCACCGUUGCCCUGAGCUAAAGGUCCUUUAUCUGACACACACGGCGCGUCUCUGGA